AAGAAAGACACCAAACUCUUCAUAAGCACAAUACAAUCUCUUCUUCUACGGUGAAUCACUUCAACUCUGAAAAAAGAUGAGUUCCAGCCAUUCAUCAACAACUUCCAUGGCUAGAAGGUUAGAAGGCAAGGUAGCACUGAUAACUGGUGCCGCUAGUGGAAUAGGUGAGAGCAUCGCCAGAGUUUUUGUCCAACAUGGAGCCAAGGUACUGAUUGCAGAUGUCCAAGAUAAGCUUGGGCACGCCCUCUGCCAAGAAUUCAGCUCCCAAGGAACAAUCUCUUAUGUCCACUGCGAUGUAACUUCAGACUCAGAUGUUAAAAAUGCUGUGGAUACAGUUAUCUCCAGGUAUGGAAAGCUCGAUAUCAUGUUCAACAAUGCUGGAAUCGGAGGGGGCCCAGAAUCAGGAAUAUCCACUUCUAAUAAUGAAAAUUUUAAGCGGGUGUUUGAUGUGAAUGUUUUCGGUGGCUUCUUGGGGGCGAAACAUGCCGCCAAAGUGAUGAUUCCAGCCAAGAAAGGCUGCAUACUCUUUACUUCAAGUCUAGUUUCCGUAUGUUUCUCAGAUACUGCAUCAAAUGCAUAUACAGCUUCAAAACAUGCAGUGGUGGGGCUUGCCAAGAACUUAUCAGUGGAGUUGGGGCAAUAUGGAAUAAGGGUUAACAGUAUUUCGCCUGCUGGUGUUGUAACACCAUCGCUGACAAAACAUUUGAAUUUGGGGAAGAAGGAGGCUGAAGAAUUAUUAUCAUCAGCAGGGACUUUGAAAGGGGUGAUCUUGGAACCAGAAGAUAUAGCACAUGCAGCCUUGUAUCUAGCAAGCGACGAGUCCAAGUAUGUGAGUGGGAUCAACUUGGUGGUUGAUGGUGGCUACAGCCUUACCAAUCCUACCCUUCCCAAUGCACUCAAAAGCCUAUCUUCUUAAGAUGACAUGUUUCACAUCUAAAUACAAUAAAAACAUGAUAAUGGUGAUGGAGAUUACAAGCUUUUUCUUUCUUUUGAUGGCCAGUUAGUAAAUAAAUUCUUAUAGUUUUAAUAGGCAAAUAAAUUCUCUGUUUAAACUUAUUGUUCAUUUUUUUUUAAUAUUUUGGGUUUGCUAUUUAAGCAUCAUGGAAGUGUAUUCUUGUGUACUGCAAUAAAAAAACAAAUAAAAGAAAAAUUUUCUAUUGUUUA